AUGUCUUCCACCAACCGCUUCGCCCCCCUCGCCGUCGAGAUGGAAGCAGAAGAAGCCAUCUCCCUCCUCCAAGCCUUGCCCUAUUACGGCAAAUUCACCUGCCGCCAACUCGGCUACGGCGUCGGGACAGUCAGCGAGCAGACGAUCCUCUGCCGCGGCGAGAUCCCGUACUUGCGGGAGCGGAAGUCCCAGAGACUUCGAAAUCUAAUCUGGCGGUUCUUGAAGAGUGAGUGGCAGUGGCAUACCGACCAGCUCCGGCAGAUCCAAGAGCAGGAGCGUCAGCAGGAGGAGCGGAGGCUCAAUCGUCGCGAUUCGGGUGUUGUGUGGUAUGCUUUUUAG